AUGUUGUCAUUCAGAAGGUUUGGAUCAACAUACGCACAAUCACAGAUACUAAGGAAAUACCCCAUAGGUGGUAUUUUGCAUGGAUAUGAAAUUAGAAGAGUGUUACCUGUUCCAGAGUUGAAGUUGAUAGCAGUUGAUUUAAAACAUGAAGUUACAGGUGCUGAACAUUUACAUGUAGAUAGAGACGAUAAGAAUAAUGUUUUCAGCAUUGGGUUUAAAACUAACCCCCCAGACUCAACUGGUGUACCACAUAUUUUAGAACAUACGACAUUAUGCGGUUCCGUGAAAUAUCCUGUUAGAGAUCCUUUUUUUAAAAUGCUCAAUAGAUCAUUAUCGAAUUUUAUGAAUGCUAUGACUGCACAUGAUUAUACCUUCUUUCCAUUUGCUACCACUAAUCAAAAUGAUUUUAAAAAUUUAAGAGAUGUCUAUAUUGACGCUACAUUAAGACCGUUAUUAAAAGCUGAAGAUUUUUUCCAAGAAGGUUGGAGACUAGAGAAUAAAGAUUUGACUGAUCCAAAAAGUGAUUUGCAAUUCAAAGGUGUUGUUUACAAUGAAAUGAAAGGUCAGAUAUCAAAUGCGAACUAUUAUUUCUGGACAAAAUUUCAAGAAAGUUUAUACCCUUCUUUAAAUAAUUCUGGUGGUGACCCUACAAAAAUCACGAACUUGAGAUACGAAGACUUAGUGGAGUUCCAUGAGAAGAAUUACCAUCCUUCAAACUCAAAAACAUUUACAUAUGGUAAUUUCCCACUCAUCGAUAGUUUAAAAUAUUUAAACAGUGAAUUGAAAGGUUAUGGUAAGAGGAGUAAUAAAACCCCAGCAUUACUACCGAUUGAUAUAAAAGAAAACAUUUCAGUUCCGGAAGUAGGUCAAAUGGACCCAAUGUUACCUCCAGAAAAACAACUUACAUCGUCAUUGACGUGGGUUUGUGGAGAUCCUCAUGAUACUUAUGAAGUUUUCUUACUUGGCGUUUUGGGCAACCUCUUACUUGAUGGUCAUUCAUCUCCAUUUUAUAAGAAUUUAAUUGAAUCUGGUAUUGGAACUGAUUUUUCAGUAAACACUGGAAUGGAAACAACGACUGCAAAGAAUUUCUUCACUGUAGGUGUUCAAGGUCUAGAAAACAUUGAUCGUUUUAAAAAUGCUGUGAAAGAUACUUUUAAAAUGAUAAUUGAUACUCCAUUUGAUGACAAAAAAGUUGACGCUAUCAUACAACAAAUUGAAUUAUCAAAAAAAGACCAGAAAGUUGACUUUGGUUUACAGAUACUAUAUUCAAUUCUUCCAGGAUGGAUGAAUAGCAGAGAUCCAUUUGCUAAUUUAUCAAUUGAUAAUAUAUUAAAUAGGUUCAAAGAAGAAUGGAGUUCUCAAGGUGAUGCAUUAUUCAAAAAUCUAUUAAAAAAAUACUUAAUAGAUACUCCUUCGUUUGAAUUUACUAUGAAGGGAGUACCAAAUUUCACUGACAUGUUAGAAAAGGAAGAGUCUGAAAGACUUCUUAGAAAAACAGCAAAUUUAAAUGAGCAAGAUAAGAAAGUAAUUUUUGAAAGAGGUUUGUUAUUGCAAGAAAAGCAAAACGAGAAACAAGAUCUCUCCUGUCUACCUAGUUUAUCUGUUGAUGAUAUUUCCAGAAACGGUGAUGACUUUGCCUUGGCUAAGGAUUCUACCAUGUACACUAGAUUGACUGAUACUAAUGGUCUUACAUAUGUCAGAGGUAAAAUAAAUUUAAAGAAUGUUAUUUCAAAAGAUUUAUAUCCCUACCUUUCUUUAUUUGCUGAUUCGUUAACCCAUCUAGGUACAUCCACAGAAGAUUAUUCUGAAAUUGAAAAUGAGAUUAAAUUAUUUACAGGAGGAAUUAGCGCAAGCAUCGAUGUAGUAUCUAAUCCAGUUGAUAUGAGUCCAGAGCUUUUCUUUAAAUUUAAUGGAUGGAGUUUAAAUUCAAAAGUGGAACAUAUCACAGAUUUAUGGUCUAAAGUUUUACUAAAUACUGACUUUAAAAAGCACAGUAAUAAGUUAAAGGUGCUAAUAAAAUCAACUGUCUCUUCGAAUACAUCUAGCAUUGCUGAAUCUGGACAUUCAUACGCUAAGCUAUAUUCUUCAGCACAGAUAAGAGCCAAAAACUCCAUAGAGGAAUGUUUCGGUGGUAUAGAACAAGUUAAUUUCAUGAAUAAAUUAAAUUCUUUGAUUGACGAUGAUGCCUUAUUGCAAACGGAAGUUAUUGACAAAUUAAUUGAAAUUCAAAAAUUGGUUAUCACAUCUAAUAAAUUAGAGUUUUUAAUCACCACAGAUACCAAUGAGCAAAUUGAUUCAGUAAAGAAGUUAUUAAAAUCUUUUGCAGGAAAUUUUCCAACUUUUGGCGAGAAAUCUGUUAAUGGUAUUGAAGGUAAAAACUUUCCUUUAUUGAAGUCUACCUCUCCGAUGUCUAACACUUUGAUUAAAUUUCCGUUCCAAGUACAUUACACUUCUAAAGCACUCCCUGGGGUUUCUUAUAACAACAAGGACGGUGCGUCGUUACAAGUAUUGGCAAACAUGCUUACAUAUAAACAUCUUCAUAAGGAAGUUAGAGAAAAAGGUGGCGCUUACGGAGGAGGUUCAACAUACAAUGCACUAGAUGGUGUAUUUAGUUACUAUUCUUAUAGGGACCCAAAUCCUUUACAAUCAUUAGAAACAUUUGACAACUGUCCACAAUAUAUUUUACAAGAUUCGAAAUGGACAAUCAAUGACAUCAAUGAAGCUAAACUGACAAUAUUCCAACAAGUUGAUGCUCCUAUGCCACGUAAAAAUGAAGGUGUAUCUCUUUUUAACAGCGGUGUCACUGAUGCUAUGAGACAAAAGAGAAGAGAAGCACUAUUAGAUGUGAAAUUGUCUGAUGUGUAUGCCGCAGCAGAAAAAUAUCUAGUGAAUUCAAAUACUAAGAGUACAGUCAUUGGGCCUUUAAUCGAUGAUAAAAUAACUGAUCCGACAUGGGAAAUCAAAUAA